AUGAGCGAAGCACUUCCCUCACCGCCGGCCUCCCCAGCGCGCUCGACUACCCCCGAACAAUCAGACACUAUCCAGGCCAUUGAUGACCUGCUCGAACGGUAUCUCUACCUCCUCGACGAGCAUCAACGACUUCAUCAAGAACUAGGAAAUCACCUAUCGGCUGGCUUCAUUUCGCUUGCACGCGCAAAUCACUCCUGUCCGCCCGGCCGUCGAUAUGGUGAGGAUUACUAUGACGAUCGAAUGAAAGCGGUUAAAAAAGUUAUCGCUCGUUCUCUCAGCUCCAAAUUGCCCGAUACGAAGGUCUUAGGAAAACCCCCUUCAAGCCUUGCGCCUAGUCGUUUCAUGAUCGUGCAAGACAAAUCCAGCGACGACCUCAAGAACACAGCCAAUGACAAAAAUGCGGACCAAAAUGAAGUCGAGAGCUCUGCCACGGCAGACCAAAUGAAACCUACAAACAAGCAUCCUCCAAACCCAAUACACUGGUUUGGCAUUCUUGUUCCCCCCGCUCUGCGAGCGGCGCAAAAUUCGUUUACAUCCGCUUUAGACGGGCCUCUUCCUACACUAGCGAACGUGAUUACGGAAAUGCACGAAGUGGAGCAGAAAAUAAGCGACUUAAGAAAAUUGGUGGCUAUCAAGAGCUAA